AAGACUAAGAUAUGUCUCAGACAUCACUUAGGACACGUCUUAGUCCUAAGUCAAUUUCUUGAAGCCAUCCUAUUUUAGGACAUGUCUUAAAAAAUAUCUUAACUUUAAGACAUCCUAACAGGUGUCUUAACUAGUAAAAAUGGCCGUCGCCUAUUACAACUACAUAAGAAGAAGAAACCCAAACCUACAUCGCGAUCGCAUAUUUCGAGAUAUCGACAACCCGCUUGAUUACCUAGAUGACACAGAUAUCAUCUGUAAGUACAGACUGCCCCGUCAUAACAUAAUAGACCUUUGUGGACGCUUCAAUCGUGACCUGAGACGACCUACAUUGAGGUCACGCCCACUACCCGUAUCGCUCCAAGUGAUGGUAGCUUUGAGAUUUUACGCCACCGGCAGCUUCCAAGCCAUUCUAGGUGAUGUGCACAGAAUAUCCAGACCUAGCGUGUCUAGAAUAAUUAAUGAUUUUACUGAUUGUUUAGUGAGACUUUCUCCUGAGUAUGUUAAAAUGCCUACCCAAAACGACUCAGUUCAGAUCAUGCGGGGGUUCAGUGAUAUUGCAGGCUUCCCAAAUGUCAUAGGUGCAAUCGAUGGUACCCAUAUUAGAAUAAAAUCACCAUCUCUUGAUGAACACUUGUAUGUAAAUAGAAAAAACUACCAUUCCAUUAAUGUGCAGGCUGUGUGUGAUUCAAAGCUUAGAUUCAUGAACAUUGUAGCAAAAUGGCCAGGCAGCACACACGACUCUUUCAUUCUAGAAAACAGUGCGUUGAAAGAUAUGUUUGAGAGGGGUGCAAUUCCUGAGGGGUGGCUCCUUGGGGACAGCGGCUACCCCCUGCGGCCUUGGCUGCUCACUCCGGUGCUGCACCCAACAACCAGACCGGAGGAGAGAUACAACACGUCUCACAUCAGGACAAGGAAUACCGUGGAACGCAGCUUCGGGGUCCUAAAAUCAAGAUUUAGGUGCCUCGACACAAGUGGAGGAUCUCUCCUUUAUUCACCCACGAAGGCAUGCAGAGUUACGGUGGCUGUUGCAGUUCUGCACAACAUGUGUAUUAACAAUGGAGUCCCCAUUCCGGCGGACUGUGUCGAUGCCCGUGACAGAGGACGAAUUGGGCGCCCCCAGUACAUUGGUCCCAUCAACGACGGAGUGACAGUGAGAAACAGACUCAUCAACGGACGAUUUGCUUAAAUUUGUACAUGUAUCUAUUUUAUCAUAUUGAUAUAUGUUUUUAAUACGCCUUUAUUCAUAAAUACAUGUAGAAUAAAAUUUGUGAGCAAUUUGUAUUUAUUUUAUCUAACU